AUGGUUUGGGCUAGAUCCCCUUAUGUUAUUUCUUUUGCCUUGUUUUUUGCCCAUGUAACAGCUUUAUCGGUAAGUACAUUUCUGCUCUUCUGGGUAUUUAGAAAUAUUCAUCUGGUAUACAUUAUCCAUUUUCUGUAUAUUUAUUCCUUUCAGAUUAAACACUUUUCUAAUGGAAAUGUACAUGAUGCUGUAUUUGCUGAACAGAAGGACAUUUCAAAAAUCAAUUUAGAUGCAGGCUUGGAUCUCUUUCAAGGGGACAUCCUCCUGAGGAACUCCAGAAAUGGCCUGAGGGACCCAACAACUAGGUGGAAGUUCCCCAUUCCUUACAUUCUGGCUGAUAAUUUGGAACUGAAUGCCAAAGGAGCCAUCCUCUAUGCCUUUGAAAUGUUCCGACUCAGGUCUUGUGUGGAUUUUAAGCCCUAUGAAGGCGAGAGCUCAUAUAUCAUAUUCCAGAAGUUUGAGGGGUGCUGGUCUGAGGUUGGGGACCACCAUGUGGGACAGAACCUUUCCAUUGGCCAGAACUGUGACUACAAGGCUAUCAUUGAACAUGAGAUACUGCAUGCUUUGGGAUUUUACCAUGAACAGUCAAGGACUGACAGAGAUGAUUAUGUGAACAUCUGGUGGGAUGAAAUCAUUCCAGGUUACCAGCACAACUUUAACACCUAUGAUGACAACUACAUCACAGACCUCAACACGCCCUAUGAUUAUGAGUCUUUGAUGCACUAUGAACCCUUCUCAUUUAACAAAAAUUCUAGUGCUCCAACCAUCACGGCUAAAAUCCCCGAGUUUAAUACCAUCAUUGGACAGCGACUGGAUUUCAGUGCUAUUGAUUUAGAAAGACUGAACCGGAUGUACAAUUGCACAACAACGCACACCCUUUUGGAUCACUGUGCAUUUGAGAAGGCAAACAUCUGUGGCAUGAUUCAAGGUACCAGAGACGAUGAUGACUGGACUCACAAGGAUAGUGCUCAGCCUGGACAAGCAGAUCACACCUUGGUGGGACGCUGCACAGAUGCUGGCUACUUCAUGCACUUCAACACCAGCUUGGGCUCAGCAGAAGAGGCAGCCCUGCUGGAGUCUCGGAUUCUUUACCCCAAGAGGAAGCUGCAGUGCUUGCAGUUUUUCUACAAAAUGACAGGAAGCCCUUCAGAUAGACUCGUCGUCUGGGUCAAGAGAGAUGACAGCACAGGCAAUGUUCGGAAACUGGUCAAGGUGGAGACCUUCCAAGGAGAUCUUGAUCACAAUUGGAAAAUUGCUCAUGUGACGCUCAGAGAGGAAAAGAAAUUCCGCUACCUUUUCCAGGGCACAAAAGGUGACCCCCAGAAUUCAAAUGGGGGGAUUUACCUGGAUGACAUCUCUCUGAUGGAGACACCAUGCCCCACAGGAGUUUGGACAGUACGGAACUUCUCUAGGGUUCUUGAGAAUACAGUGAAAGGGGACAGGCUCCUGAGCCCUCGGUUCUACAAUUCAGAGGGUUAUGGUUUUGGGUUGACCUUAUACCCUCAUGGCAGAUCAAACUCCCUCAGCUCUGGCUAUACAGGGAUUGCGUUUCACCUGUGCAGCGGGGAGAACGAUGCUAUCCUGGAGUGGCCAGCUGUAAACAGACAGGCAAUAAUGACUGUCCUCGACCAGGAACCCGAUGCUAGGAAUAGGAUGUCCGCCAGCAUGGUGUUUACUACCUCCAAAUCCCACACAUCUACAGCAUUAAAUGACUCUGUCAUCUGGGACAGGCCAUCCAUGGUGGGCUCCUAUGACCAGAACUGUAGUUGUUUUAGAAGCAUCGACUGGGGCUGGAGUGGUUUCAUCUCCCACCAAAUGCUAAACCGGAGGAGCUUCCUUAAAAAUGAUGACCUCAUCAUUUUUGUAGACUUUGAAGAUAUCACUCACCUUAACAAGACUGAAGUUCCCAUUAAAAAUGCGAGGCUGAGUCCCCAGGACCUCGUUCUCCAUGGUCAGGAGCAGAAGAUCCCAGAAAAAGGCAUAGGGAGAGCCACGUUAGAGGAAGCCCCACUUGGCAGCCCUAACCAGGGGCAGCCCAGCCGACAGAAGCGAUCAGCAGCGAACGUGGACCCCAUAGAGCACCACGACUGGUCACAGUACUUUAGAGAUCCGUGCGACUCGAACCCUUGCCAAAAUGACGGCACCUGUGUGAAUGUGAAGGGGAUAGCGAGCUGCAGGUGCAUCUCUGGACAAGCCUUCUUCUACACAGGGGAGCACUGCCAGGUCAUGCAGGUGCAUGGCAGCAUCUUGGGGCUGAUGAUCGGAGGCCUGGCUGGUACCAUCUUCCUGACCAUCACCAUCUUCUCUGUCCUUUCCCAAAAGUCAAAGCAGUGA